GCGAAAGGUGCGAUGGCAACCCAUCGCACUCAUCUGUUUGCCAUUUUCUCAUUUUCUCAUUCUCUCAUAAAAAUGUCAACUCAUUCUUUUUGAUUUCUACAUUGUUCGAGCACAGGCGCCGCAAGCGAACAAAAUAUUUCAGCCUACAGCUACAAGGACUUGAAUAUUGUUUAAUUUGCGGGCCGCCUAUUGUUGGGACAACAUUCUGAAAUAUUUUGUUUCGGAAACAAAUAUUUUCUUUUUUGGAUUCUGAAGUUCCCUUGGCCAUCGAAGUUCGGAAAUGGAAGACUCCGAACAUAUUAGCGUACUUAUGGAAGGCAGUGAAAUACCACCGGCGGCGACCAUUGGUGAGGCUGACAAACCUAGCAACGACACAGCAACUGGAAUUGGAUCGACAUUCACAGCUGGUAGUGCACCGUAUUGUCACGCAUCAACGCCCACUACUCACCCUUCGACAUUUACAGUACCGGGCGUGAACAACGCAUCCAUGAUAACAUCAGUUCAUGGAACUCAACCGCACUACAUGGUAUAUAGCACCAGUGCACCGCUGUUUCAAACCGCGGCAGUCAACGCAUUUACAAGCACGUGGGGGCCCGGCAUUGCUAAUGGUGCCAUACCUAACCUCACUUCGGCUGCUAUGCCUUGUAGCGCGCUAACCUAUCCAACGUUCGGCAAUACAUUUCGGCCAUUUUGUUCACAGACGAAUAUGCAUAGCCGCGUGGCACCACAACCGAAUACUUCUGUUUUCAUGCAGCCGAACAUUACGCCAUCGUGUAACCAAACGCGCGACCCCUCUUAUAAUGUUUUCAGCCAAUAUAGCAUAUCCGACGUCAAUUUAACACCAACGCAGAUUUCCAGCAGGCAAGUGAUAACCAAGGAUUUACCGACCUUUUCCGGCAGGCCUGAGGACUGGCCCCUAUUCAUCACGAAUUACGAGCAGUCUACCGAGCGAUGUGGCUUCACCGAUCAAGAAAACCUGAUCAGACUACAAAAGUGUUUAAAGGGACCAGCUCUCGAAGCGGUGCGUGGUAGGUUAAUGAUGCCAGCAACAGUAGGUCUGGCAAUCAACACAUUGAGAAUGCUUUAUGGUAGGCCUGACAUUAUUCAUCAAACGAUGCAGAUGAAAUUAAGACAAGAGCCAGCAGUUAAGGCCGAUAAAUUGGAAACGCUCAUAGCAUUUUCACUCGCAGUGCAAAACUAUCGGGCUACAAUCCAGGCGGUAGGCCUGGCCGAUUAUUUAAACGAUCCUGUGUUGCUUAAUGACUUGAUAGCCAAAUUGCCAAGCGAUCUAAGGCUCAAUUGGGGCGGUUAUCGUAUGUCGCUCAGUCGCGUCGACAUUGCUGUGUUUGACGAUUGGCUUUUCGGACUUGCUACAUGCGCGAGUCAAGUUACAAGAUGUGAGCCACCCACAACCACAGCCGCCUUUGAAAAUAUUGAAGUAAAGAAAGGCCGCAAUUCCCACAAGGCGAGAAUUUUAGUUCAUGAAGUUAUCGGAAGAAAUGUAGAAGUAAACGCGAAGGUGACUAUAUGCCCAAAGUGUGGCGCCAACCAUAAGCUGUCAGACUGUGCAGAAUUUACUGCGCUCUCGCGAAGUGAUCGAUGGCUGUUUGUACGAGAGAAAAAACUUUGCUUACGCUGUUUCAAUUCUCAUUAUGUUCGCCGAUGCAAUCUGAAGAAUAGGUGUGGGGUUGACGGCUGCCAGAUGGCACACAACGCUCUUCUGCAUACGCCUGUUCCCGUUAAGAGCAACGUCGGUCAUGAGCAAACAGCGCUAUACCACGAACGUCAUUCAGGCUCACCAAAGGAGAAGCAGAACUCGCUAUUUAGGUACGUCGCCGUUACUGUUCGUAACGCAUCCAAAUCUGUUGACACAUAUGCACUCAUCGACGAAGGCGCGUCUUGCACUUUAAUUGAGAACGAGCUUGCAGAUUACCUUGAAUUAGACGGGCCGUCCGAGGCGUUGUGUCUGCGAUGGACUAACGAAAUUACUCAAAGCGAAAAUAACUCCAAGUUUGUAAGUUUUGAGAUCGCAUCGACACAGUUGGGCUCUCCAAACUACUUGUUAAGAGGCGUACGCACUAUUGCUCGUUUAGGCCUGCCUGUUCAAACAUUGGACCGCGAUACCAUGGAGAAGCAUGCCCAUCUCAGAGGUCUACCUAUAUUGCCAUAUAACGGUGCAAGGGCUCGAAUUCUUAUCGGAGUCGACAACGCGAAAGUCUGUGUGCCAAUUGAAGUUAAGGAGAGUAGCACCUCCAACCUGAUUGCUGCUAGAUGCCGGCUGGGAUGGACCGUUUACGGUCGAGACACAUCUGAACACGCAGUGAUGCCCCGCGUGCUCCACAUCUGCAGCUGCGAUCCUACGAGCAGGGACCGAAUGGACGAACAGAUGAAGGCGUAUUUUGCUAUCGACGCUAUCGGUGUCUAUGCGCCAGCUAAACCGCUUCGGUCAAAGGAUGAUGAACGUGCUUUACAAUUGAUGGAAAAAUUCACCAAGUUUUUGCCAACAGAGAAGAGAUGGGAAACAAGAUUGCUAUGGAAACAAGACGUCGUCGAUUUACCCGAUUCACUUCCUAUGGCGCGCCGUCGACUAAUGUGCUUGGAAGCCAAGAUGAAGCGGGAUCCUGAACUCCACCGUUUUAUCGUCGACAAAAUUGACGAUUACAAGAAAAAGGGUUACAUACGCAAAUUGGAGUCACUUGAAACAUCGAUAGGUGGCAGAUCGUGGUACCUUCCCAUAUUCACGGUGCUCAACGUUAACAAAAACAAAACUAGAUUGGUAUGGGACGCUGCAGCCAAAGCUGGAAAUACUGCACUUAACAACAUGCUGUUAAAAGGACCUGAUCAGCUAAAUUCGAUGAUGGGCAUUCUUCUUCGAUUCCGCGAAAAGCCUUUUGCAAUAUGCGGGGAUUUACGCGAGAUGUUUCACCAAAUUAAGGUAGCCAAAGAGGACCAAGUGGCGCAGAAGUUUUUAUGGCGCGACGCGAACUACGUAAAAAACCAAAAUGCACAACGUUUUUCCGAAAACUAUCCCGAAGCUGUACAAGCCAUUAUAAAUAACACUUUCGUCGAUGAUUGGCUUCAGAGUGCAGACAAUGAGGAAGAGUUAUCGCGUUUGGCUACUGUUGUUCGCUGGAUCCAUAACGAAGGAGGUUUCGAGAUGCGAAACUGGGUAUCCAAUUCCAAGAAAACUUUGACUGCACUCUCUGCUAACAGCACGCUGCUGUCCAGAUGUUUUGAGGAACCUGAAGCUACUAUCGAAAAGGUGCUUGGAAUGUGGUGGUUACCAGCGUCGGAUGAGCUCACCUUUGUGGAAAAGUUUCCUAAAGAAGUUUUUGAUGAGCACACAUUCCCAUCGAAGCGACAAGUUUUGCGUACGAUCAUGAAAAUAUUCGAUCCCCUUGGACUGCUCGGGUAUGUCAUCAUACAAGCAAAAAUCAUCCUACAGGACAUUUGGCGUUCAGGUGUUAAUUGGGACGAGCCUAUCAGAGAGGAUGAUCGCAGUAACUGGUGGAACUGGUUGAAAAGAAUUUCUUCGAUAAACAACGUCAAAAUUCCUCGGUGCUACUUACUUUCCAGCUGUAGCCAGAGUAACCAGUUGCACAUUUUCGUGGAUGCAAGUAUCAACGCUUAUGCUGCUGUGGCGUAUUUGCGUGCUGAAGUUGGUAACGCGGUGAACUGUUCAUUGCUGGCUUCGAAGACAAGGGUCACACCAUUGAAGCCCAUUUCAAUACCGAGGUUGGAGUUAAUGGCAGCAGUUCUGGGUCUGCGGUUGGCAAUUUUUAUAGGCAAGCAACUUUCUGUUCAGGUAAGCCGUAGAAUUUUUUGGACAGAUUCGAAAAACGUGAUAUGCUGGGUGCGUUCAGAUGCAAGAAAGUUCCACCAAUUUGUUGCGUUACGUGUCGGCGAAAUUCUUGAGGGUUCCAGCGCUAAAGAGUGGAGGUGGUUGCCAUCUUCUGAAAACAUCGCUGAUGAGGGCACAAAAUGGUCCGACGUUCGCAAUUUUGACGACAAUGCACGCUGGUUUCGAGGGCCAAAGUUCUUAGCCCAGCCCGAAUCUAGUUGGCCUGUAGGGGAGCUAGUAGGCGCUACAUCAGAGCUGCACCACAUAAGUACAAGUACACCAUUGUCCCCCACCCUGUCAGUAAUUUCUCCAGACGUACGAAGGUUUAGCACAUGGGAGAGACUGCUUUCCACACAACAAAUUGUUUUGCGUUUCCUGCGCCGGAUCUUGAAGUUUACGCCACGUUCGCUACUAAGACUUUUCGAAUUGCGCGAUAUUCAAGCAGCAGAGCAAAUUCUUAUUUCCGUAAGCCAGGAAAAUGCGUUUAGCGAAGAAGUCAAAAGCCUACAACACGGUCAAAAUAUUCAACGGCAGUCUGCUAUAUAUAAAUGGUCGCCGUAUCUGGACGAGGUUGGGAUUCUUCGCGUGAAAUGUCGAAUCGACUUCUUAGAAGGAGUAGCAGUCGAUGUUAAGCGACCUAUAAUACUACCGAAAAAUCAUACAGUAACGCGUUUGAUAAUUGAUUUUUACCAUAGAAAAUUUCACCACCAUCAUAAUGAGAUUAUUGUCAAUGAGAUGCGCCAGCGAUACUGCGUCGGUGCUUUGCGAUCGAUGGUAAAGGAGUGCGCCAAAAGAUGCCAAAUAUGUCGCAAUCGUAAAGCUAAGCCGCAACCGCCUCAAAUGGGAAGUCUACCUGUAGAACGACUGUCACCAUUUACAAGGCCAUUCACGUUUACAGGAGUGGACUAUUUUGGCCCUAUCGACGUAGCUGUUGGCCGGCGGCGUGAAAAACGUUGGGGCGUGUUAUUUACGUGCCUGACGAGUCGUGCCGUUCACAUCGAGAUUGCCCCGUCGUUGUCGACGGAGACAUUCCUGCUAAUGUUGAAGUUGUUCGUGUGCCGCAGAGGAGUCCCGAAGCGCAUUGUGUCAGACAACGGCACAAAUUUUCGUGGUGCCAGCCGAGCACUUAUCAGCGAGAUAGAAAGGGUGUCAUCCGAUGACCUAGAGAGAAGACAUCCCCAAAUCGAGUGGUCCUUCAUUCCGCCCUCGGCUCCUCACAUGGGUGGGGCAUGGGAGCGAAUGAUACAGUCAACAAAAUCAAUUUUAAUGGAUAUUACGCACGAAGCAAUACUACGUGAAGAAGUUCUAAGGGCCACUUUAGCGGACAUUGAAAAUAUUCUUAAUUCAAGACCUCUGACAUAUGUGGCCUUGGAGACUGCAGACGACGACGCACUUACGCCCAAUCACUUUUUGUUAGGAAACUCAAGCGGAAUUCGCGAAUCAGGUUGUGAUGACGACACGACGUUGAUGUCGAUGCGCAAAAGAGCGCUCCCACUGCUGCGUCAUCCACCUUCCAGCGCCAUUAGCCAGCUGCUUUCAGCAGUACUGCUGCCGCUGUUGUUGCUGUUGCUGGUCGCUGUGGUGCAAUUUUUCUUCAGCAGUCAACCAGUCAACCAGCCAGCCCGCCAGCCAGCCAUUGCUCCCACUAUACAAAGCGAGCGACUUCCAUUUGCUGGCGAAAGAUUGCGUGUUGGCCGUUCAUUUGCUUUGACUGUGUCUAUGCUUGCCUCCGACGAUUUGCUGCAGCCGAUUGAGGGCAGCAAAAUACGCAGCAACUCAAACAAGGUGGCCUAUGUGCAUAGGCUGGCACCGGGUAUAAAACCAUUAACCAAAUGCAAAUUGGCUGCAUUGCCAGUUGGCAGUAAAUUCCCUGACUUAUUACCGGUUGCUCUUCUGGCCGCAGAUGAAUGCACGAAACAUGUGCUCGGAUUGACAUAA